AUGAUCAACAUCGGUGGUGGCGAAGAUUGCGUGUUGAGCGGUUGGGGCAGAACUUCGUACCCAGGAAGCGCUCCCAACGACUUGCAAUUCAUUCACUUGAAGACUGUUUCCGUCGACGACUGCAAAGAUCGUCAACGUCCAAACCCGGUGUACGACUCUCAGGUAUGCACAUUCACCAAGAGGGGUGAGGGCGCCUGCCACGGUGACUCCGGUGGUCCAUUGGUCUCUGGUGGCAAGCAAAUUGGUAUCGUCUCUUGGGGACGUCCGUGCGCUGUCGGCUACCCAGAUGUCUUUACCAGGGUUUACUCUUUCUUGGAUUGGAUCAACAAAAACAUUUCUAACUAA